AUGUCUAGAAUCGAAAUUUUAUCAUCAGCAGGACUUAGACAAGAUAAUAGAAGACCAUAUGAAUUAAGACAACUUGAUUUUAAAAUACUGAAAUCAUCACCUAAUUCAUUAGACGGAUCAUCAAUCGUUUCACACGGAUUAACCAAAGUAACUUCAUCAGUUUCAGGACCAAAAGAAAUCACUUCAUCAUCAUCAUCAAAUCAUAAAUCGAAUCUUAAAUCUCAUACUAAUAAUGUUGGAUCGAUUCAAGUUUAUGUUAAUAUGACGAAUUUUUCACAAUCUGAUCGAAAAAAACUUUCCAAGGUUGAUAAACGAUUAAUGGAUUUGAGUUUUUCUAUUCAAAAUACAUUCGAAAGUGUGAUUAUGUUAAAGUUGUAUCCUAGAAGUUUGAUUGAAAUCUUUAUUGAAGUUUUACAAGAAGAUGGAGGUUUAUUACAAGCUGCUAUUAAUGCUACUUCAUUAAGUUUAAUUGCUUCAGGAAUUUCGAUUCAAGAUUACAUCCUCGCGAUCUCCAUUGGAUCUUUAUCUAACCCUAACUUACCCUUACUAGACGUCACGAAUUUAGAACAAUUAGAUUUACCUUCACUUACGAUUGCAAGUUUACCUAGAUCUUCAAAGAUCAGUUUGAUUCAAGUCGAAAGUAGAUUGAAUAUAGAUGAAUUUGAAAAGCUUUGUAGGAUCGGAUUGGAAGCUUGUGAGGUUUUGAAAGAUGAACUUUUAGGUGAAGUUAAGAGAUGGAUGUUGGAUUUGAAUUCCAUUGUUGGGUUUGAUGAUUCAGAUUCGAAAAAUGUUCAAGAUGUUAAGAUGGUUCUUUGA